AUGUCACAACUAAAAGAGUCUCAAUCCCAGCUAAAACUAUCAUUUAAAGAUAUAAAAGUAGCAACUAACAACUUCAAAACGCGUAUAGGGAGAGGUGGAUACGGCCUGGUCUAUAAAGGACGACUCACCAUUGAUGGAAAGCUUACCACGGUUGCCGUAAAGAGGUUAAACGAAAACCUCAGUCAAGGCUUAAAAGAGUUUUUGACAGAAAUCCAGUUACUCUCUGGUCAGAAGCACCAAAAUCUCAUAUCUCUUAUCGGUUAUUGUGAUGAGGGACGAGAGAAGAUUCUUGUGUAUGAAUAUGCAGAGCAUGGAAGUUUGGAUCGGUAUAUAGUCAGGCGUAAGAGUAUAACGUAUACUCUUACGUGGUUGGAAAGACUUAGAAUAUGCGUUGCUGCAGCACGAGGGUUGGAUCAUCUUCAUAAUCAUGUUGGAGAGCAUCAAACCAUAAUCCACAGGGAUAUAAAAAGCGCUAACAUUUUGUUAGACGCUAACUGGGUUGCCAAAGUUUCUGAUCUUGGAUUGUCCGUGUUAAGCUUAGCAGGUCUUGGUAGAAGUACCGUUAUUUCCCAUGCUUGCGGCACACAAGGCUAUUGUGAACCUGAAUACUUUAUUACUGGUGCUGUAAAAAAAGAAUCUGAUGUAUAUUCCUUGGGCAUGGUACUAUUUGAAGUUCUGUGUGGGAGGCUUUGCAUGAUGGAAGAUGAUGAUGGUUUCGUGUUAUCAGCCGAAUCGGCCAAAAAGUCAUAUGAAAAUGGGAAUUUGGAUGAGAUUAUCGAUCCUGAGUUAAGGAAACAAAUGAAUUCGUACUCCAUGGGCACAUUUUCAGCAAUUGCAUAUAGAUGCUUGCAUGAUGAUCGCAAAAAACGACCUCCAGUAGAUCUGGUUAUCAAAGAGCUUGAAGAAUCACUCCACUUUCAGGAAGAAUAUGAAGCCAAGGGGAAGAGUAGGGGGAAUAUAGCAGAACUUGACUCGGAGGAAUAUUGGAAGAAUAAACUACCCAAGGGCAUUGAAAAAUUUGUGAAGAACUUGGACUCUUUUCCAGAGUAUACCACCAGUAAACAACUCUUCAUGAUUCUUCGCAACGGAAUUUCCUUUGAUCUCGGCAAUAGGGUAAGCUAA